AUGCCCGUCGCCGUACCCGAACUUGGAUCCUUCAACUUUGUUCCUGAGACAAAGGAAGACCUUGAAUGGGCAGAACUUGUCACCCUUGACUUCGCUCUUCUUGACACGCCUGAAGGCAGACAGCAGUUGAUCCAGACGUUGAUCAAAGCUGUGCGCGAAGCUGGCUUCUUCUAUGUGAAGAACUUCAACAUAUCCCAAGAACGCGUAAACCGCCAAUUCGCGCUCGGAAAGCGUUUCUAUGAGCUUCCCCUUGAGGAAAAGUUGAAGUAUGUUCCAGAGGGUCUCGAUAACGGCAAAUUCAAUGGCUAUAUCCCUGCGGGUCGCCGAAUCCUUGACCCUGUCUCGGGCCUGCGCGACCGGGUGGAGAUGUACAACAUUCCCAAGUUCGAUGGAUACUUCACGCAUAACCACCCUGUCCUAAUCCAGGAGCACCUUGCAGAGAUCGAAGAGUUUUCCAAGGCAAAGGUGUUGGACCCUCUCCAUGUUCUGCUUGCCAAUGCUCUCGAGUUGCCCGAGGACUAUUUCUUGAAGCUCCAUAAAUACGAAGAGAAGAGCGAGGAUCACCUCAGGUACAUGAAGUACUCCAAAUACACUCCCGAAGAGAACCUGAAGCACGGGAAGCUCUGGGUCCAAGGCCACACCGAUCUUGGAACAUUCACUCUUCUGUUCCGCCAGCCUGUUGCAGCUUUGCAAAUCAAGAAUCACAUAACCGGCGAGUGGAAGUGGGUAAAGCCUCAGGACGGUACCUUGACUGUUAACGCAUGCGAUGCGCUCUCCUUCCUCACGGGCGGCUACGUCAGGAGCACGAUCCAUAGGGUGGUAUCACCUCCGAAGGACCAGGAGCAUGUUGACCGUCUCGGCCUCCUCUACUUCCAGCGCCCGAACAACAAUGUUCGCCUUGCGACUGUCCAAGACUCGCCUGUUCUGCAGCGUGAAGGGUACACCCAGAAUGACUUCGAGAAGAGCGGGAACCCGGUCCCGACUAUGGAGGAGUGGACCUUUGCCAAGCAAAAGUGGCAGAGGACCAAGAACAUUGUUCGCUCGGACCCGAAGUACGAGACGGCGCAGAUCCUUCCAGGCUGGCGCGAGAAGGUGUAUGCGUAG